AUGGUCCUUACCGGCACCAUCUCGUCUGAGACGAUCUGCAAUGCCAUCCCCAUAUUUGCGCCAGCCUACCGCCCGGCGGCUUUCCCCUCGCACUUUACCGACAUGGGCUGCAUCGUCAUCAAAUACCGCACUGACGGCGCUCAACUCAAACGUCUUCUCCCAGACUGUCUGACCAUUGAGGAAAAACCAAUCAUCACGACACGUCUCAUCUCCUACGGUUCCUCACCUAUUGGUCCCUAUCGCGAGUUUCUUCACGGCGUGGAGGUAGAAUACAACGGUACGAAAUACGAGUAUUCGUUACUCAUCAUCCUGGACAACGAGGACGCAGCCUAUUCGGGCAGAGAGCUCUGGGGCGCACCGAAGGUUCUCGGGUCAUUGGACUUCCCGACUGACCCUGACGGCAUAAGUGGAUUCUUCCGCGGACGAGUCUGUCGCCCCAGCGAAUUUCCCGUGGCGGAGAUUCUGUUCAAGCCGACGGCGUUGUUGCCGCUGGACGAAUACACGGAGCCGAGUGUGCACAAUCUUUUCUUGCGCAUUCUGCCCUCCCCUCUGCCGGAGAAGACACCUCAUGUUCGGCAGUUUACCGAGGUGGACUUCAAGAUUCGCCAUAAGCAGAUAUGGGAGGGUGUUGCGUCGAUUCAUUUCCCUGCACAGUCCAUGUUCGAUCCUCUGCAUCUUACUCCCGUGGAGGAGUAUGUCUCUGCGCAUUACUCGAAAGGAACUUCGGCCACCAUUGCGCCUGUAGACAUUCACCAUCUGUAG